UCAUGACGCACAAACGCGGAAGUGUUUGUUGAAAUCUAUAGGGAUUGUUUCAUCUGCGUUUUAAUCCUGUUUGGUUAAUGAAAGGAUCCCUUAUAUUACCGCUCACUGUCAGUGUCAUCUGUCCUGCAGUUGACAUGACUCUUGUCUUUGUGUACGGCACGCUGAAGAAAGGCCAGCCCAACUACUUCAGGAUGAAGAAGCUUGUCAAUGGUCAGGCUAUCUUCCAUGCUCACGCUCAAACCGUAGAGCCAUACCCGCUCGUGAUCGCCACCAAAUACAACAUCCCCUUCCUGCUCAACAUGCCCGGGACUGGUCAACGUGUCUAUGGUGAGAUCUACCGCGUGGACCAGAAGAUGCUGGAGUUUCUGGACAAGUUUGAAGGUUGUCCAGAGAGGUACCAGCGCACCAAGGUCCAGCUGGAGGUGCAGGACGGCGACGGUGAAGGAGAAAACACACUGAAGCCUGGAAGCAUCGUGGAGGCGUUUGUGUACAGCAAGAAUACAUAUGAACCCGAGUGGCUCCAGACACCAACAUAUGAGAGUUAUGAUGCGUACGGUGAUCACGGACUGACAUAUGUGAUUCCUGAGGACAGAAGCCCUGAGUAAUGACUGUAUAGGUUCUGCUUACCAUGCUCCAAAAUUAACAUUUUAAAUUUGAUCUUGCAUUUUUACAUGCAAUAUUGUAGUUUUGACAUAUUCAUGUAUGGAAUAUUUCAGAACACAGACAAAAAAUGAUCAACUUCUGAUCUAGGAUUUACAUUCUCCAGGAUCUGAUCAUUUAGUUUUAUAAACUAUUGGCAAGUGUUUGAUUUUUAGUGUAGUGUCAGAUGGUAUAUUAAUGUUGUGGUACCAUAAAAAGCAGAUUUGUAAGGAAAUAUACAUUCAAAGAACUUUAAAAGAUUCAGCUGUAAAAGUAACUGGGAUCUAUUAUAAAAUAUAAAACAUUAUGGACUAUACUUCAGUACUGUAUGUGUAUAUUCAGAUAUCAGGUACUUGUACACAUGCUGUACUUCUGUUUAUUUGUAUAUAUGCUGUAGAAGUGUUUGUUACUAUUACAAACUGCACUUUACAAUAAAAUUCAAUAAUUCAGAAUGUUUUUGUAAAUUGGAGCGUGACAAUGGAGUUGAGGAUCCAAAUGCAGGCUUUAUUUUACCAAGGUGUGUGCAAACAGACAGGGCCCAACAACAGCAAAACAACAACAUCCAUCCAAGGUAAACACAAAAGAGUAAUCCAAGAAACAGGCAGAAAACAAUUCAAAACAAGGUAAACAGCCCAAGGUCAAAAACACGAAGGUAAGGAAACCAGGAAACAAACUGAGGCUGAAGAAAAUAUACAAUACUCAGCAAUGAGUGUGUGAGAGUGUCCAACUUAAAUAGUCCUCCUGAUUGGAAACAGGGUUAUGGGAAAUGGAGUCCAGAGUAUCUUUAUCUUUCAUAUUGUAAUAGAGUUUGGGUGAGUACUUUUUUCUACUCUUCAAAAAAUAUUUAUCCUUCAGAAGUGUUUUGUUAGGAUUACAACCCAAUCAAACGCAUAUCUGCUUCAUUUCAUAAACUUUCUUACUAUUUUUUUUUUUUUCAUGUAUAAGAUAUUUUCAAAUGAGGGUAACAUAUAGAAUGUAUUUUAAAAUAAAUUCACUGUUAUUUAACUCAUAGAUUUUCAAAUUUUCAUCUUCCUAAAGUUCUCACUUGUAGAGGUCAAUUACUAAGAU